ACUUGAUGACUUUCGCGGCAUAGACAGUAGUUACACAUCGAUUUCGGAUCCAAUUUUACUCGCAUUAGACCGAUACGUGUCAACAGAUCGAGAGCGGCUUUCGGGAAUAUUGUGCUAAAUUGUAAACUAUUUUCGGUUAAAGUGAAAGAAACCAGCAAUAAAAAGCAUUAAACAAAAUGAAUAAAUUUUUGGGUUUGUGUGCGAUCGCCGUGCUCGGAUUUCUCUCCGUUUGCGUUGCAGCCGAGGAUGAGACCACUGCUCGUUUGUUGGUGUCCAAACAAAUUUUAAAUAAAUACCUCGUCGAACAGAGCGAUAUCGUUGUAAAAUACACAUUGUACAACGUUGGCAAUGGACCAGCCGUUCACGUCAAACUUGUUGACAAUGGUUUUCAUCCAGAGGCUUUCGAUAUUGUUGGUGGACAAUUGAGUGCUGUUAUUGAUCGUAUUGCUCCACAAACCAAUGUUUCACACGUUGUUGUUGUACGACCAAAAGCUUACGGUUACUUCAAUUUCACAUCGGCCGAAGUUCAAUACAAAGCCGUCGAAGAUGCAGAUUCUAUUCAAUAUGCUGUCAGCUCAGAGCCAGGAGAGGGUGGUAUUGUUGGUUUGGCCGAUUUCAACAAACGCUUCUCAUCGCAUUUGUUUGAUUGGGUGGCAUUCGCCAUUAUGACAUUGCCAUCAUUAGCCAUCCCAUUCUACUUGUGGCACGCAUCAAAAUCAAAGUACGAAAAAUUAGUCAAACCAAGCAAGAAGACUCAUUAAUUUAUUUUGUCACAUACAAAAAUCCACAACACACACGCAAUGUAAUAAAUUAAAGAAAAAAAAAACAACAAUGAAAAUCACUUUUCUGAUUGUAAAAAAAGAAUAAAAUGUUGAAAUAAAGUCCAAUUAUUUGGGAUCUCUUUUGUAAAGAAAACGAAAA